AGGUGAGAGUGCAGAGAGGUAGAGACUCGAGAGGGGGGAGGAGAUCGGAUUGGUGGUCUGGCGGCGCUGUUCCUCUCUGUUGCUUUGUUCCUUCGCUCUUUUACGAUCAAGGUGGAGCGGUCGCCCCGGCAGUGUCUGCGAGGGUGGCAGAUCCGAAGGGGAGAGGAAGAGGAGUUGGUCGCGUGGCUUCUUUCCUGCGGAGCUCGUUGGGUAGGUGGGAGAGGAGGAGUCCUCUGGGGUUGGUGGCGAGGAGAGAUCUAUCGACCCACCUAAUCAUUUAGAGGGAAAUCCAUCGUCUAGGAAAGACGAUCCGUAACAAAGCGUUGUCCUUGAAUCCGUUCUUUCUUCGUUUACAACUUAAUCGAUCUGAUACUUCCUGAAGAUAAAUCGAUUUCCUUUUUGCUGAAUACGGUUGAAGCUGCAAGGCUUGCACAGAUACAGUCCUUCAUUGUAAUCUUCUGAAGAAGGAAAAAAAAUCAUUUUUGCGUUAAUCCUCUGUUUAUAAGCUAGAGGACGUCGGCCAUGGCUGCAGUUCCGGGCUCAGCCUUUAAUCUCCGAAGUGAAUUGUUGGCGCUCUCGUCUAUUGUCAACCAUAAGUACAACGCCUAUGGCGGUGCCGGAGCUGCACGAUUUUCAGGCCUUAGACGCUCUCAAAGGCUGUCCUUGCAGAGCCAGUUUGUUGGAGCAAAGCUCCGAGCUUGUGAGCGCGUUCAGCUUUGGAGGAGCGAUGGUCCAGGACGUUCACCUAAGCUAAGACUCGUUGCUCCAUCCAUGUCUAUGUCUCAGGUGCCAGAGAAGCCUCUUGGUCUCUACGAUCCAUCGUUCGAUAAAGAUUCUUGCGGUGUUGGUUUCAUUGCUGAGCUAUCUGGAGACUACAACAGGAAAACAGUUGUGGAUUCUCUGGAGAUGCUUGUUCGAAUGGCCCAUCGUGGUGCCUGUGGCUGCGAAACUAACACUGGUGAUGGAGCUGGCAUACUAGUGGCAUUACCUCAUUGCUUUUUCACUGAGGUCAUGAAGGACGUUGGCAUUCAACUUCCAACUCCUGGUCAGUAUGCAGUUGGUAUGUUUUUCUUGCCACAGGAUGAUAGUCGCAGGGAAGAAAGCAAAGUUGUUUUCACUAAGGUUGCAGAAUCUUUGGGACAUGUCGUGCUUGGCUGGCGCUCAGUACCGACCAAUAAUCAAGAUCUUGGUGAAUCUGCUCGUCAAACUGAGCCAAUUGUUGAACAAGUCUUUCUCACUCCAAGUCCACGGUCCAGUGCUGAUCUUGAGCAACAGAUGUAUAUAUUACGGAGGAUUUCAAUGGUAGCUAUCCGCGCUGCUCUCAAUCUGCAACAUGGUGGAGCUAAGGACUUCUAUAUAUGCUCCCUUUCCUCAAGGACUGUUGUCUAUAAAGGUCAGUUGAAGCCUGCUCAACUAAGGGACUACUAUUAUGCAGAUCUUGGAGAUGAAAGGUUUACAAGUUACAUGGCCCUGGUUCACUCUCGAUUCUCUACAAACACUUUUCCCAGUUGGGAUCGUGCACAACCUAUGCGAAUCGUGGGACACAAUGGAGAAAUCAACACAUUGCGAGGCAAUGUGAAUUGGAUGAAGGCACGCGAAGGAUUGUUGAAGUGCAAGGAACUAGGCUUGUCAAAGAAUGAAAUGAAGAAACUUUUGCCAAUUGUUGAUGCUAGCUCAUCUGAUUCUGGGGCAUUUGAUGGUGUCCUUGAGCUUUUGGUUCGUGCCGGUAGAAGUCUUCCUGAAGCUGUUAUGAUGAUGAUACCUGAGGCAUGGCAGAAUGAUAAGAACAUGGAUCCUGAUAGAAAAGCUCUCUAUGAAUAUUUCUCAGCUCUCAUGGAGCCCUGGGAUGGACCUGCUCUCAUAUCUUUUACAGAUGGUCGUUAUCUUGGAGCAACAUUGGAUCGUAAUGGUCUGAGACCUGGACGUUUUUACAUAACUCAUAGUGGUCGUGUUAUCAUGGCUAGUGAAGUAGGUGUCGUAGACAUUCCUCCAGCUGAAGUAGCAAGGAAAGGAAGGCUUAACCCCGGGAUGAUGUUGCUAGUGGAUUUUGAAAAUCAUAGUGUUGUCGAUGAUGAGGCACUUAAGAAGCAAUACUCACAAGCUAGACCAUAUGGAGAAUGGCUUGGGAGACAGAAGAUUUGCCUUGAAGACAUUGUUAAUUCUAUCCCUAAAAGUGAAAGAAUUCCUCCAAGCAUCUAUGGAACUGCACAAUCUCAAACUCUUGAUGAGGACAUGGAUAACAUGGGACUUCGUGGUCUUCUGACACCCCUCAAAGCCUUUGGCUAUACUGUUGAAGCAUUGGAAAUGCUGCUGCUGCCAAUGGCAAAAGAUGCUACUGAAGCAUUAGGUUCCAUGGGAAAUGAUGCUCCCUUGGCUGUGAUGUCAAAUAGAGAGAAACUUAGCUUUGAAUACUUCAAGCAGAUGUUUGCACAAGUUACAAAUCCUCCAAUUGAUCCGAUUCGAGAGAAAAUAGUUACAUCCAUGGAGUGUAUGAUUGGCCCUGAAGGGGAUCUUACAGAAACCACUGAAGAGCAGUGCCAUCGUCUGUCAUUGAAGGGGCCUCUUCUAUCCAUUAAUGAAAUGGAAGCUAUGAAAAAGAUGAACUACAGAGGUUGGCGCAGCAAAGUACUAGACAUCACAUAUGCAAAACAGCAAGGCCGAAAGGGUUUGGAGGAAACCUUGGAUAGGAUUUGUUUGGAAGCUCGUUCUGCUAUCCAUCAGGGUUAUACAACUCUUGUGUUGUCUGACAGAGGUGUUUCUUCUGACCGUGUUGCUGUAAGCUCCCUCCUGGCGGUUGGUGCUGUCCAUCAACAUCUAGUCUCUACACUUGAGAGGACACAGGUAGGAUUGCUGAUUGAAUCUGCUGAGCCCCGUGAAGUGCAUCAUUUCUGUACUCUUGUUGGGUUUGGAGCAGAUGCUAUCUGCCCAUAUUUGGCCAUAGAAGCAAUUUGGCGGUUGCAAAUUGAUGGCAAAAUCCCUCCUAAAGAAGACGGAGAAUUCCAUUCAAGGGAGGAUCUUGUUAAGAAAUACUUUAAAGCAAGCAACUAUGGAAUGAUGAAGGUUCUUGCCAAAAUGGGGAUAUCCACCCUAGCAUCUUACAAGGGUGCACAGAUUUUUGAAGGUCUAGGACUUUCUUCUGAGGUUAUACAGAAAUGCUUCAAAGGAACACCAAGUAGAGUUGAAGGUGCAACAUUUGAAAUGCUUGCUGGAGAUGCACUCCGUCUUCAUGAGUUGGCAUUUCCAACCAGGUCAUUACCACUCUGUAGUGCUGACGCAUUACCUAAUCCUGGGGAUUACCAUUGGAGAAAAGGAGGUGAAAUUCACCUUAAUGAUCCCCUUGCAAUAGCUAAGUUGCAAGAGGCAGCCAGAGCUAACAGUGUUGCAGCAUACAAAGAAUACUCCAGGCGUAUACAGGAGCUGAAUAGGGCUUGCAACCUUCGUGGAAUACUGAAGUUUAAAGAUGACACUGAGAAGAUUCCUUUGGACGAGGUUGAACCUGCUAGUGAGAUUGUCAAACGCUUUUGCACUGGAGCUAUGAGUUAUGGUUCAAUAUCAUUGGAAGCACAUACUACCCUUGCAAUUGCAAUGAAUAGAAUUGGAGGCAAAUCUAAUACUGGUGAGGGAGGCGAGCAACCUUCUCGUAUGGAGCCUCUGCAGGAUGGUUCGAGGAAUCCAAAGAGGAGUGCUAUUAAACAAGUUGCAAGUGGUAGGUUUGGAGUAACAAGCUACUACCUGAGUGAAGCUGAUGAACUCCAGAUAAAGAUGGCUCAGGGAGCCAAGCCAGGCGAGGGAGGUGAACUUCCAGGCCAUAAAGUUAUUGGUGAUAUUGCUGUCACAAGAAAUUCCACUGCUGGUGUUGGUCUUAUUAGUCCUCCACCACACCAUGAUAUAUACUCGAUUGAAGAUCUUGCGCAGCUUAUUUUCGACCUUAAGAACUCAAAUCCUGGCGCUAGAAUCAGUGUUAAGCUAGUCUCCGAGGCUGGUGUUGGUGUAGUUGCCAGUGGUGUAGUAAAAGGACAUGCAGACCAUGUUUUGAUAUCUGGGCAUGAUGGAGGCACAGGAGCUUCUCGUUGGACUGGCAUAAAAAAUGCUGGUCUUCCCUGGGAGCUUGGAUUGGCUGAGACACACCAAACUCUAGUGGCAAAUAACCUGCGUGGGCGAACAGUUUUGCAAACAGAUGGGCAGUUAAAGACGGGAAGAGAUGUUGCAAUCGCAGCACUACUUGGUGCAGAAGAGUUUGGUUUUAGCACUGCACCUCUGAUAACUCUUGGCUGCAUCAUGAUGCGGAAGUGUCACAAAAAUACUUGCCCUGUCGGAAUUGCCACACAAGAUCCUGUUCUUCGUGAAAAAUUUGCUGGGGAACCUGAACAUGUUAUAAAUUUUUUCUUUAUGUUGGCAGAGGAAGUCCGUGAAAUAAUGUCUCAAUUGGGCUUUCAGACCAUGACUGAGAUGGUUGGUCGUGCCGACAUGCUUGAGAUUGAUACAGAAGUGGCUAGCAGCAAUGAGAAAUUGAGAAAUAUCGAUCUUUCAUUGCUUCUUAGGCCUGCAUCUGAUAUUCGGCCUGGAGCGGCUCAAUAUUGCAUUCAGAAGCAAGAUCAUGGACUGGACAUGGUAUUAGAUCAGAAGCUUAUCUCUUCAUCAAAAGCUGCUCUUGAAAAAGGCUUGCCUGUUUAUAUUGAGACAGCAGUUUGCAAUUUAAACCGUGCUGUUGGUACCAUGCUUAGCCAUGAGGUCUCUAAACUUUAUAAAUUGAAAGGGUUGCCUACAGAUUCAGUCCAUAUUAAGCUAUUUGGAAGUGCUGGUCAGAGUCUGGGAGCUUUUCUCUGCGCUGGAAUUACACUUGAGCUUGAAGGUGACAGCAAUGACUAUGUUGGGAAAGGAUUAUCUGGUGGCAAAAUUGUAGUUUAUCCACCAAGAGAAAGCCAAUUUGAUCCAAAAGAAAAUAUUGUCAUUGGUAAUGUUGCAUUAUAUGGUGCCACAAAUGGGGAGGCCUAUUUCAAUGGAAUGGCUGCUGAGAGAUUUUGUGUCCGUAACUCAGGUGCUAGAGCAGUUGUUGAAGGUGUUGGUGAUCAUGGUUGUGAGUAUAUGACUGGUGGUACUGUUGUUAUUCUUGGGACAACUGGGAGAAACUUUGCUGCUGGCAUGAGUGGUGGAGUUGCUUAUGUUUUUGAUGUGGAUGGGAUGUUUCAGACACGAUGCAAUCCUGAGUUGGUUGAUCUUGAAAAGGUUGAGGAUGAAGAAGACAUCACAACAUUGAGAAUGAUGAUUCAACAACACCAACGCCAUACAAGCAGCGUUCUGGCAAGGGAAAUCCUUUCUGAUUUCGAAUCUCUACUGCCCAAAUUUGUGAAAGUCUUUCCAAGGGAUUAUAGGAGGGUUCUUCAGAAAAUAAAAGAAGAACAAAAUCUCAAAGAAUCUGAAGAGCAAGAAGAAAAAGAACUGAUGGAGAAGGAUGCAUUUGAAGAACUCAAGAAACUGGCUGCAGCAUCUUUGAUUGCAAAGGAAGAGGAUUUGGCUGCAGCAAAAAGGCCAACACAGGUAGACAAUGCUGUCAAGCAUCGAGGUUUUAUUGCUUAUGAGCGACAAGGUAUUCCAUAUAGGGAUCCUAAUGAUCGAAUCAAAGAUUGGAAAGAAGUUGCUAAUGAGUUGAAGCCUGGGCCACUGAUGAAAACACAGUCCGCUCGCUGCAUGGACUGUGGGACUCCUUUUUGUCAUCAGGAAAACUCUGGGUGCCCACUUGGAAACAAAAUACCUGAAUUUAAUGAACUGGUUCAUCAAAAUAGGUGGCGUGAAGCAUUGGAUCGACUUCUCGAGACAAAUAACUUUCCAGAAUUUACUGGCCGAGUCUGCCCUGCUCCUUGUGAAGGGUCAUGUGUUCUUGGCAUCAUUGAGAACCCAGUUUCUAUUAAAAGUAUAGAGUGUGCAAUCAUAGACAAAGCAUUUGAAGAAGGAUGGAUGGUCCCUCGUCCUCCACAAAAAAGAACGGGAAAGAGAGUUGCCAUUGUUGGUAGCGGUCCAGCUGGACUUGCUGCUGCUGAUCAGCUAAAUAAAAUGGGUCAUUUGGUCACUGUUUAUGAGCGUGCUGACCGAAUUGGAGGACUUAUGAUGUAUGGUGUUCCAAACAUGAAGGCUGACAAGGUUGAGAUAGUUCAACGCCGUGUGGACCUAAUGACCAAGGAAGGUGUUAAUUUUGUGGUAAAUGCUAAUGUUGGAACAGACCAUAAGUUCUCCCUUGACCAUCUCCAUUCUCAGAAUAAUGCAAUAGUCUUGGCUACUGGAGCUACUAAGCCAAGGGAUCUUCCUGUUCCUGGACGAGAACUCUCUGGAGUUCAUUUUGCAAUGGAAUUUCUCCAUGCUAACACUAAAAGCCUGCUCGAUAGCAAUCUACAGGAUGGUAAGUAUUUGUCGGCUCAAGGGAAGAAAGUGAUUGUGAUUGGUGGAGGAGAUACAGGAACGGAUUGUAUUGCAACAUCCAUUCGACAUGGCUGUACAAACAUUGUGAACCUAGAACUUCUACCUGAGCCACCUCAGAAAAGAGCACCAGGAAAUCCAUGGCCACAGUGGCCUCGUAUUUUCCGCGUAGAUUAUGGCCAUCAAGAAGCAACGUCCAAGUUUGGAAAAGACCCACGGACAUACGAAGUACUGACCAAGCGAUUUGUGGGAGAUGAAAAUGGAGUAGUGAAGGGCCUUGAGUUGGUCCGUGUCCGUUGGGGAAAGGAUAGCAGUGGGAAAUUCCAGUUCGAGGAAAUCAAGGGCUCCGAGGAGACUAUAGAAGCUGAUCUGGUUCUCUUAGCUAUGGGUUUUCUUGGUCCAGAAUCGACGAUUGCUGAUCGAUUGGGUCUAGAGCGAGACAACAGAUCCAACUUCAAGGCGCAGUAUGGUCAUUUUGCAACCAGCGUAGAUGGAGUUUUUGCAGCUGGGGACUGCCGGCGAGGCCAGUCACUGGUGGUUUGGGCCAUCAAUGAGGGCCGGCAAGCUGCUGCACAGGUGGACAAAUAUCUAAUGAAAGAUGUGGGCACUAGUAGUGAUGACAGCCUUUUUGUUUCCAGUGAGGAUUUAGUCCAGAAAGUAACUGUUUAAGAAUUAAAGGAAUUCUCAGUACUUGUUAGGUUUAGGCGGGUGGCGUCAUAAAAUGUUUUUGUUCGUGUUUUUGUUUUUGUUUGUGUUUAGUGUUGGUGGUUCCGUCGAUAGGUUGUAUUGGAUGUGCUGGAAGCAGCCAGUUCUAUAUAAUAAGAAGAAAAAGUGUUGUUGGCAACACAAGGGCUGUGAAAUUACAGUUGCUCUUCUACAAUUUUAGUUAAUAUUACACAAUCUAUAUUUCGUCCA